CAACAAGAAAGUUUGGAAAAUCCAUUCCAGGGACUCCUCUAAGAAGAACUUCCAGAUUUCCUUCGGCAUCUUCUUCUCCUGGAUCAAGAUGUCUGAAAUGGGAAUUUUUAUCCUUUGGAAUUUGCUAGUUCUCUCUGCUGUUCAUGCCACCAUGCCUUCUUUGUUUCAGGGUAUUAUCGGUGGUACAGAAGACAAAGGGCGUGAAAUUUUGGGGCAUGUCUAAAGAUCAUCCAAUCAGAAAAGAACUUGAAAGAGAUCCUGGCGUCCUUUUAGGUACCGUGCAUGAUCUUGAUCUCUCAAAAUUCAGAAGAGGAAAUAACGAGAAAACAUCAGGAAUGCCAGAGAUCUUCAGACGUAAUUUAAGAUCAGAAGAAGAUGCUCAGUGCCACAUACGCAUACAAGAAACGAAAACUUAUCCAGGACAUUGCAUAAGAACGAUGAAUGGAAUAUCUGCAUGUCAGAACGAUGAAUACAUUGAAAUCAAUCACAAUGAAUGCAGUUAAGUGCACUGGCUAAAGAUUCCUGAUGUGGUACAUCUUGAAUGAAGUCUUUGAUUUGCGAUAUGAUGCAUCAUUUUCCUACUAGAGUACAAAAAAUUAAUGAUUUUGAUUAUGAUGUGUUUUCUGUAA